AUGUCGCAAUCACACCUGAAUCAGAUUCGAGGAUCCGCUCCUUUGAAAUUUCUUGUGAUUGGUGCCGGCUCUAGAGGCAAUGGCUACGCCCACGCUCUGCUUCAGUCAACGCCUGACGCCCAGAUCACUGCAGUCGCAGAACCCAUCGAAGUCAAGCGGCGAGCGUUCGGACGGCAGUACAUUUGGGGUGAGGCAGAUGCUCCAGCAGAAUGGCAGAGCUUUGCGGAUUGGAAAGACUUUCUUGGGCUACAAGAACAAAGGCAGAGGGCAGCAAGAGACAAGGCGUCUCGAUGGAGCCGUCCCGUUGAUGGCGUUUUCAUCUGCACUCUCGAUGAUAGCCAUUGCGAAAUUAUCACUGCCUUUGCGCCGCUGGGAUAUCAUAUCAUGAGCGAGAAGCCUUUAGCGACGACGUUACAGGAUUGCCUCAAGAUUUACCGGUCUUUGCGGCCGCAAGGAUCUUCAUCUUCACCUCAGAUAUUUUCGAUUGGGCAUGUCCUGCAUUAUAGCCCACACAACAUACUGUUGCGGAGACUUCUUUUAGACGACGAAGCCAUUGGCGAUAUACUGUCAGUCGAACAUACAGAGCCUGUGGGAUGGUGGCACUUCGCCCAUUCCUACGUGAGAGGAAAUUGGCGCAAAGAGGCUUCGUCUGCGCCGUCGCUGCUCACCAAAUCUUGCCAUGACAUAGACUUACUCAUGUGGCUACUCUGCGCACCACCUGCUACUGCCUCAAUAACGGAUCGACCUCCUCACCUGCCUUCAUUCGUCUCUUCCACGGGUUCGCUUCUUUACUUCAAACCGAGUCGGAAGCCUCAAUCUGCGGGCGGCGCGACGAAUUGCUACAGCUGUGCUGCUGAACCGCAGUGUAUCUACAGCGCCAGAAAAAUAUACGUGCGAGAUAGAUUCGACCAAGGACAUGUAGGCUGGCCUGUCAAGAUUGUUGACUCGGAGAUUGAAGAUAUGUACGUGGGCGGCAACAAGAAAGGGGCAAGAGAGCGUUUGGAGGCUCGCCUGAAGGAUGACUAUAAUGAAUCUACAUCAAGUCCUGCCAGUCGACCCUGGUACGGCCGGUGUGUUUACAAUGCGGACAACGAUGUAUGCGAUGACCAGGUUGUGACAAUCAAUUGGGAAGAUGACCCCCUCCCCGUGACUUCUGUACAACAAAGGCAAGAUCGUCUGCAGGGACGCGGAGCCAAGAAUGCUAUUUUUCAUAUGGUCGCAUCCACCGAAGCGCAAUGCGAACGGAGAGGGCAUAUUUCUGGCACCAGAGGCGAGAUUGAAUACGAUAGCCGCACCAUACGUGUGUACGAUUUCGCGACCAAACGAGCUGAGGUGCACGUUCCGGAGCAGCCUGGCGGCGGACACGGAGGCGGAGAUGCCGGACUGGUGAGCGCCUUCUUCAAGGCUGUAGAAGCUGUCAAAUUACGGCAAAUGCCUGUAGAGGAGGCACAGCAGGCUUAUGUCGGAUGCACGGCUGAAGAGAUUGUCAGAAAUACUGCGAUGGUCUUUGCGGCAGAGGAGGCGAGGCGAGAAAAGAAAGUGGUAGAUUGGCCAGCCUGGUGGCAAAACAAUGUCGAGAUAGCCCUCGAACACCAGAGCGGUUAG